AUGAAGCGCAAGUCUACAAGCACCAUGGAGGUAGAUGACUCCUUCCUGCCGCUCCUUCAGGAGGAGUACAAGGGGAAAAAGCUCUACGACCCGAUCAACACGGCCGAGGAUAAAUGGCAGCUUUUACCUGCUUUCUUGAAAGUGAAAGGUUUGGUGAAGCAGCAUUUGGACUCCUUCAAUUACUUUGUGGAUGUGGAUCUUAAGAAGAUUAUCAAGGCCAACGAGCUUGUUUUGUCGGAUGUGGACCCCCAGUUCUACCUUAAGUACUUGGAUAUCAGAGUGGGACACAAACUGUCGCUGCCUCCAGGCACCAAAGAGGUGAUUAUGGCUCCUCACGAAUGUAGACUUCGUGACUUGACCUACUCGGCUCCGAUUUACGUGGAUGUCGAGUAUACGAGAGGCCGCAAGAUCAUUAUGCAUAAGGACUUGGAAAUCGGCAGAAUGCCCGUGAUGUUGAGGUCCAACAAGUGUGUUUUGGAUGGUAUUGACGAGCAGCAGAUGGCCAAGUUUGAAGAGUGUCCUAUUGAUCCUGGUGGAUACUUUAUUGUGAAUGGUACGGAAAAGGUUAUUUUGGUCCAGGAACAGCUUUCGAAGAACAGAAUUAUCGUCGAGGCUGACGAGAAGAAGGGCAUUGUCCAGGCCUCCGUUACGUCGUCUACACACGAGAGAAAGUCCAAAACAUACGUUAUUUCCAAGAACGAUAAGAUCUACUUAAAGCAUAACUCCAUCGCUGAAGAUGUGCCCAUUGUGAUUGCUUUGAAGGCUGCCGGUAUCGUCUCUGAUAUGGAGGUGUUACAGCUUGUUUGUGGCUCAAACCCACAGUACCAAGACCUUUUCGCUAUCAACUUCGAGGAGGCCGCCAAGCUCGGCGUUUUCACUCAACAGCAGGCUCUUUUGUAUAUCGGAAGAAGAGUGAAAACCAUUCGUCGUGCUGGUGCCCCAAGACUAUCGCAGCUCCAGGAAGGUAUUGAGGCUAUUGCCACUACGGUGAUCGCCCAUUUAACAGUUUCAGACCUCAACUUCCGUGAAAAAGCUCUUUACAUUGCCAUUAUGGCCAGAAGAGUAGACUACGUUGGUAACAAGCGUCUAGAGCUUGCAGGCCAGCUUUUGUCGUUGCUUUUCGAGGAUUUAUUCAAAAAGUUUAAUUCUGAUUUCAAAGCUAACAUCGAUAAAGUCAUGAAGAAACCAAGCCGAACCUCCGAGUUUGAUGCUUUGCUUUCUAUCAACAUUUAUUCUAACAACAUCACCAUGGGAAUGAACCGUGCUAUUUCAACAGGUAACUGGUCCCUUAAACGUUUUAAGAUGGAAAGAGCCGGUGUCACCCAUGUCUUGUCUCGUUUGUCUUAUAUUUCCGCAUUGGGUAUGAUGACUCGUAUUUCUUCCCAGUUCGAAAAAUCCAGAAAGGUUUCUGGUCCCAGAGCGUUGCAGCCUUCGCAGUUUGGUAUGUUGUGUACUUCUGAUACUCCAGAGGGUGAGGCCUGUGGUUUGGUUAAGAACUUGGCCCUCAUGACACAUAUCACUACAGAUGACGAAGAACCUCCAAUCAGGAAGUUGUGCUUCAUUUUGGGUUGUGAGGACAUUAUGAGUGUUGACUCUGCCACCCUCUACUCUGAGGGUAACUUUGGCAUCUUCUUGAACGGUACAAUGAUCGGAACUACACGUUUCCCUGUGAAGUUCGUCAGAGACUUCCGUGCCAUGAGACGUACAGGUAAGAUAUCCGCGUUUGUAUCUAUCUUUACAAACACUCAUCAGAGUGCCGUUCAUAUUGCCACAGAUGGUGGUCGUAUUUGUCGUCCAUUGAUCAUUGUGGACGAUAAGACCAAGCUUCCUAAGGUGAAGGCUUCUCACUUGAAGAAGUUGAUGCUGGGUGAUUGGGUCUUUGACGAUUUCUUGCACCACGGACUUGUGGAGUACUUGGAUGUCAACGAAGAGAACGAUUCUUUAAUUGCAUUGUACGAGAAGGAUCUCGUCGAAAGUUCACAUCUUCCAUACACACAUCUAGAAAUUGAACCUUUCACUGUCUUGGGUGCUGUGGCCGGAUUGAUUCCUUACCCUCACCACAACCAGUCACCAAGAAACACUUACCAGUGCGCUAUGGGUAAGCAAGCCAUUGGUGCCAUUGCAUAUAAUCAGUUCAGAAGGAUUGAUACUCUUCUAUACUUCAUGGUCUACCCACAACAGCCUAUGGUGAAGACCAAGACCAUUGAAUUAAUUGACUACGAUAAGCUUCCGGCUGGUCAGAACGCUACUGUGGCUGUCAUGUCUUAUUCUGGUUACGAUAUUGAAGAUGCUUUGGUGUUGAACAAGGCCUCCAUUGACCGUGGUUUCGGUAGAUGUCAGGUUGUUAGAAAGAACACCAUUCAGCUUAAGAGGUACCCUAACCAUACUAAGGAUAUUGUUGCUGGUAUGCGUGUGGAUGAAAACGGUGAACCAAUCUUCUCACAUUCAGCCUUGGGUCCAGAUGGUUUGGGUGAAGUCGGCAUGAAGAUUGAAAAUGGUCAAGUCUACGCCAACAAGCAAGUUCCAGUCAAUGCUGGUGAAUCUGUCUUGGGUGACGCUAACCCACCUCCUGGUGGAGAAUCUCAUAGAGAAACGCCAGCUUACUACAAGGGUCCUGAGCCUUCUUACGUUGAUCAGGUCAUGAUGUCUGUCUCUGAUAACGAUCAAGCACUUAUCAAGGUUUUGAUGAGACAGACGCGAAGACCCGAACUUGGUGAUAAGUUCUCGUCCAGACACGGUCAGAAGGGUGUUUGUGGUAUUAUCGUUCAGCAGGAAGACUUGCCAUUCAACGACGACGGUAUUUCUCCAGAUAUUAUUAUGAACCCACACGGUUUCCCAUCUCGUAUGACGGUCGGUAAGAUGAUGGAACUUAUUUCAGGUAAAGCUGGUGUUUUGAACGGCAGUCUAGAAUACGGUACCUGUUUUGGCGGUUCCAAAUUGGAAGAAAUGUCCCAGAUCUUGGUCGAUAAGGGUUUCAAUUACUCUGGUAAAGACAUGUUGUAUUCUGGUAUUACAGGUGAGUGUCUUCAAGCGUACAUUUUCUUUGGCCCUAUCUACUACCAGAAAUUGAAGCAUAUGGUCUUGGAUAAAAUGCACGCCAGAGCAAGAGGUCCUAGAGCCGUUUUGACAAGACAACCUACCGAGGGUAGAUCCAGAGAUGGUGGUUUGAGAUUGGGUGAGAUGGAAAGAGACUGUGUGAUCGCUUAUGGUGCUUCUCAGCUUUUACUAGAAAGAUUGAUGGUCUCUUCCGACGCUUUUGAAGUGGAUGUCUGCAACAACUGUGGAUUGAUGGGUUACAGCUCUUGGUGUAAGACCUGUAAGAGCUCUGAGUACAUCAUCAAGAUGACCAUCCCAUAUGCUGCCAAGUUGUUGUUCCAGGAGCUUUUGUCUAUGAACAUUGCUCCUAGAUUGAAGUUGGGCGACGUGUUUUAA